GGGAGCCGCGUCCGCGCGUGCGCGCCCUGCGUGUCUGGUUUCUGGAGCGGCCGUCCGCUUUUUCUUACGCAGAUGGGCUCUGUGGCCUAGCGCCCCUGUGCCCACCGUCCGUGAUCGCACGCCGAGGCCCGCGAGGGGUCGCCGCCGAGGAGCCCACGGGGCUGACCUGACCCUGGGGUCCGAGCGGGUCUACUCAGCCCGGGUGGGGAGCACCCUUCUGCGGAGGCAGCAGUGACCGAAGGGGCUCCCCGACCCCGCGUGCGCAGGUUUCCACCAGCCCGCAAGCAAGAGCAUGGCAGCCAUCCCCUCCAGCGGCUCGCUCGUAGCCACCCACGACUACUACCGGCGCCGCCUGGGCUCCACUUCCAGUAACAGCUCCUGCGGAAGUGCCGAGUACCCUGGGGAAGCCAUCCCCCACCACCCGGGUCUCCCCAAAGCAGACCCAGGACACUGGUGGGCUAGCUUUUUCUUCGGGAAGUCCACUCUCCCGUUCAUGGCCACAGUGCUGGAGUCCCCAGAGCACUCGGAGUCUGCCCAGGCCUCCACCAGCACGAUCACCUGUGACCUGGCUCGGGAAGCUGUGGGGAAGCAGCAGCCCAGCGGCCAGCCUGGCAAAACCAACUGCAGGCCCCCGUCCUGAGUGACCACCACCAGCUGCCAGGCUUCCUUUCAAGGCGCUAGGCUCAUCAGAGCCCUCUUGCUCCCCCUGCCCUGUACCCUCCCUUCCCUUCCUCUCCCCAAGACCAAGCAGGCUGCAGUCAAGGGAAGCAGUUCGGUUUUUAAUAUCAAAACACCAAAAAGGAAGUUGAGAGAAUCCCACUCUCUGCUAUCCGAGCCACACGAACGCGCCUUCCUCACACCCCGGAACCCUGUGCCUUGUACCAAGUGGACAAUAAACUCCAAGAGUGAGCA